UCAGCAGAGCUGAGGGGAGUCUGUGUUGUUAAUAACCUGCAGUCACAUCUGUGUGUGUCUGUCUGUCUGUCAGUAGUGUGUGUGUGUUUGUGUGUAGGAGAGUUGGAAGAUCCCAUCUGGAGCUCAGGAUCAUUUCCCCGGCUGCUUCUUACUAACGGCAAAUGUGGUGUUGAAUGAGGAGCCUGAGAAGAAGGAAGAGAUAAAUGUUGUGAAGAAACUGUGGAAAUGAAACAGAGAGACAGUGACAGAAAUGGAGACAGAGACCCAGAUGCAGAAGGAGCUCAGAGGAGAAGAGAAGAAAGAUGAUGAUAUUAUCCAUGUGAUAGCGACAGAGAAGGAAGAGUUGGUCGGGCAGAUCCCUGACAUGGAGGAGAUGUGUAACAUGUGUGAUAGAUUGUGUUCCUUACUGGCACAGGAAUCACAUGGAGCUGCACUGUGUGGGGCUGAGGGGGCACAUAAUGAGGGGGGCACAGAUGGGAUAAUGGCCCCUGGAUUGGCUCAUAUUGUGCUGGGUAUAAAGAGACAGAUCUAUGGGCAGGAGGCUACAGACCUGUUACUGGAUAUAAACACAGCUGGGAAUCAUUUAUCUGUAUCAGGGAACAGGAAAUCUGCUUCCUACUCACCAACAGAACUACAUUACCCACAAUCCCCAGAGAGAUUUCAGGAAUAUGCUCAGACUUUAAGCAGCAGGAGUUUCCUCUCAGGACGACAUUACUGGGAAGUGGAGGGCAGUAAAUCAGGGGAGUGGAGGGUAGGGGUGGCCUAUCCCAGUAUAGAGAGGGGAGGACGACAGUCUGCAAUUGGGAAUAAUAACAAGUCCUGGUGUUUGUACAUGGAAGAUAAUAACAGAUAUUCAGUGGUACAUGACAGUAGAUGGACAGAGUUACCCCACGUCCCUUCCUGCAGGAGAAUCAGGAUCUGGUUGGACUAUGAGGCCGGACGUCUGUCGUUUUAUGAGCUGAGUGAGCCAAUCAGACACUUACACACCUUCACUGCCACAUUCACUGAGCCCCUUCAUGCUGCUUGUUUGGUAGGGUGGGCAGGUACCUGGUUGAAAAUCAUUAUUUAGCAAAAUGACCAAUAAAGAGAGGUAGACGCUGGUCACAUGACUGUAGGAGAGGGAGUAACUAUAUCUGCCAUUCCCACAUCUGUCCCUGAUCCCACUGCACCAAUAACAAGUGUCAAUUAACAUUAUACUGAUUCUUUUCUCUUUUUUUUAUUACAUUUUUCAUCGGCA